UGUUAAAUAAGCUAGCUCGUAGUCGUAUUCGGCCGCUGGCAGAAAGUUCCAAACUUACACUGGAACUUUUUUGGCCCUGAUAAUUUUCAUACAUUCGAGUACUUUUUAGAUUUAAACUAUGGAAGAAAGAUAUCUAGAGAAUGAGUAGAAGAGAGUGCACCAGCUGUACCGUUAUUCAAGACAUUUCUUAUAAAAGCUACAACUUUGUUCUGGUGAAUGAAGAAUAGGAAAACAACAUGGAUCGAGCAAGGGUAACAGGUACACCAUUGCUGAGCUGUAGCCAGACCCGUGGCUUGCCCGGUCUUCCUCCUCUACCAAAAGAUGCCGCUAAACAUCCCUCUGAGCUCUAUCAGAUUGUCCUGAAACACAGCGAGCACCCUCCCAUCAUGCAAGGCAUGUCAUGGACACUGGCCGCACCAUUCAAAGAGCAGAAGUACAGCCGCACGCCCAGCGAGUCCAUCGCCAACAACUACACCCCCUCUGCCAACAAGCUGAACAUCAAAGCUCUGCCACGCAGCAAUCUGGCGAGGUCAGUCACGCAGCCAAGCAUGACCAGGAAGAGAAGCCACUCCCCCCAGAGAUCACCUCGCAGCCCUCAACCUGGAGACAUCCCACCGAUAUCCCCCCGAGCAAAGACAUUUGUGGGAAGACGAGCUAAGGCACAGCUAAAUGGUCAUGCCGUCCUUCCAUCCAGCCGACCUAUGACCCCUAUUGAACAGUUGGACACGAUGUUAAAGUUGGAGCAAGAGGAAGAUGCAAAUCAUGGAGAGCCAUGUGAGAGAGAUUUAGAGAGAUACCAUUACUACAUCACCAAAGGCCUGACUCCAGAGAUGCUAGCCCUGCCACCAGACAACAUGAUGGAUAACGUCAGGUGCUACAUACCCAGGGCACUGCUGGAGGAGGUGGGGCUCCAGAAGCUGAGAAGCAGCCUGGAGGAGGAAAUCUACAGUGACUAUGAGUUCAGCAGCAGAAAGGCUAUAGUCGACUACAUCCUGAAAGACCCUGAUGAGAAAUCCCGCCUUCACAUUGCCUGGAUCCCCCGCCCCUUCCCGCGGCGGAUCAUCCGUGCCCCUGUGCCCUGGCACAAUUCCUACCUCACCAACAAGGACUGCAAUACGAGCCACUUGUUCAUCACCAACAACAUCAUGCUGGAGCUGCAGAACCUGUGGUAUGAUAGGUUUUGCACAUUGCGGUUUGUUCGUCUUGAGGACCUGCUAUCAGCUGAGCUGCCCCUUCUUCCGGAGGAGUUUGAAAAUCUUGUCAAGAAGCAGUGUGCGGAGGCUAGACAAGUGCUGCAGAUGUCCUGGAUUCCGACCUGCGCAGAGAUCUUCAUGGACAGGAAGGAGCUGUGGGGUCACCUGGUGCCCCAGAAUGACAUUGACUCCACUCAGAGGGUACAAGAGUUCUUUGCCUGCGUGGCCGCGCUCAUGUCAAUCCAGCUCAGGAGCAUGGUCAUUAACUCUCUGGCUGACUUCCUCGAGUUCUUCCAAAUUCACGAGAACGGCAAUGAAUUUGGUGAUGAGUACCAGGAGCUGCAGUACGUGAUGGCUCAAAUCAUGAUUGUCAAGCUGAAGGUGGAAGAGCCCCGCAUCACCUUUGACCCUCCCUUCAGAGAGUGCAGGGAUAUCAUCCUGAGGUGCUUCUCCGAGAUCAUCAGCAGCGCAGACCAGCUUCAGCGGGUGGAGUGCGCUAUCUUCCCUCAGAUGCAGAAUCAACGGCUGCUCCUGCGAUCGGUCAAGGUGGAUGAACCCCUUGUUGAGGACUUCAUCGAUAAAGCCAUGCAGAUCUUCAAACUCAACACAGUUGGACCUACAAGGUAUCUGAACACCUAUAAGAAAUACAAUGACCUGCUAAACACCAAGGCAGACGCCGAUGUGGCAGCCUUCCUGAAGGAGAAGCACUCCCUACAGGGGUUCGUCAAGAAGAUCGCCAGCUACCAACAGCUGAAAGAUGAGAUUGCCCUGCUGAGGAUCACCGUGCCCCUCAGCAUGUUCUGCCUGGACUGCCGCCUCCUGAAUGCAGACCUGUGCUCCCGAGCCCAGAAGCUGAAGGAGAAGCUCAUCCUCUUUGAGGUGGAUGAGAACAGGAUGCUUAACAAAGGAAUCUGUCGUCGUUACGAUGAAAUCGCAGAUCGUCUCGGCGAGAUGCCAAGCACCACUGCCGAGAUUGUGGAGCUGUCAGACUUCCUGAGAGAGUCCAGCGAAGUCACCGUCUUCAAACUCAAGGAUGAGAUAGAUGAAGCUGCCAACCGCCUCAUGUUCCUCUUGGACUAUGCAAACUUGCCAUAUGAAGACAUCAAGCUCAACAGCACAGUGUUCCACUGGCCGGAGCACAUCCAGACAGUCUUUGAGGUGUGCCGCAAUCGUCUGAUGACCAGACGAGAACAGGCCGAGGAGGAGGUGCGGAAGAAGGUGCAGCGCUUUGAGGAGAAGCUCAACGAGUACAACAAGGAAGUAGAAUCCUUCAGGAAGAAGGAGAUCCUGAGCAUGGACGAGAUGACGACCAAUGUGAACCGUCUCAACGAGCUGCAACAGCUCCUGGAAGCCUCCCAGGACGAGCUAGAUGGUCUCAACAAGGAAGAGCAACUGCUGGAGUGGGAGCCUAGCCAGUUCCCCAUCCUGAGUACCAUGUUUACCACCAAGCAGCCAUACGACCAGCUCUGGAACACUGCCCUCAACUUCCACACCAAAUAUGAGACAUGGUUGAAUGGUCCCUUCCAAGAUUUGAACGCCGAGCAGGUGAAUGACGAGGUGGACGGGAUGUUCCGCACCAUGUACAAGCUCAGCCGUUCCUUCAACGACCAGCCCGGCCCGCAGCGCAUCGCCAACAAUGUUAAGAGCAAGAUAGACAAGUUCAAAGUCCACCUGCCCCUGCUGGGGGUCAUCUGUAAUCCUGGCAUCAGGGAUCGCCACUGGGAACAGAUGAGCGAGAUAGUUGGCUUUGAGCUGAAACCCAAGCCUGAAUCCUCUAUGUAUCAUAUGCUGGAGCUGGGACUGACCAAACACCUUGAAAAACUUGAGGAGAUAGGAGCUGCAGCCAGCAAGGAAUACUCCUUGGAGAAGGCUCUGGAGAAGAUGAAGACCGAAUGGGCCGAUGUACACUUUGAGUUUGUCCCAUACAGAGAUACUGGCGUGUCCAUCUUGUCGAGUGUCGAUGAGAUCCAGCUGCUUCUGGAUGAUCACAUCGUCAAAGUGCAGACCAUGAGGGGCUCGCCGUACAUCAAACCCUUUGAGAAUGAAAUGAAGGAGUGGGAGGAGAAGUUGGUGACCAUGCAAGACAUCCUAGAUGGCUGGCUGAAGUGCCAGGCCACCUGGCUCUACCUGGAACCCAUCUUCAGCUCUGAGGACAUCAUGGCCCAGAUGCCCGAGGAGGGACGCAAGUUUGGCAUAGUAGACAGCUACUGGAAAGACAUCAUGACGGAAGCGAUUAAAGACACCAAGGCCCUGGUAUGCACAGCCCAGCCUAACAUGCUCGGCCGUCUCAACGAGUCUAAUCAACUCCUAGAGGAGAUUCAGAAAGGUUUGAACAACUACCUGGAGAAGAAGCGCCUCUACUUCCCACGUUUCUUCUUCUUGUCCAACGAUGAGCUGCUGGAGAUCCUGUCAGAGACCAAAGAUCCCCUCCGUGUCCAGCCUCACCUCAAGAAGUGCUUUGAAGGCAUCGCCAAGCUAGAGUUCACUGACCAGCAGGAGAUAGUCGGCAUGAUCAGCGCCGAGAAGGAAACCGUGCCGUUUGCAACCAAGAUCUUCCCAGCCAAGGCAAAGGGAAUGGUUGAGAAGUGGCUCUUGCAAGUAGAGGAAGUCAUGAUAUCCAGCGUGCGUAAGGUCAUCCAAGAGGGAGUGGCUGCCUACGCCAACCUGCCUCGUAACAAGUGGGUGCUGGACUGGGCGGGGCAGGUGGUACUGUGCGUCACCCAGAUCUACUGGACUCAGGAGGUGGCUAAGGCUAUCAAGGAGCCUGGCGGGCUGAAGAAAUACUUAGAGCAGAGCAACAAGCAGUUGGCAGAGAUUGUUGAGCUGGUGCGUGGUAAGCUGGAGGGCGGAGCUCGGGUCACGUUGGGGGCCCUGACUGUCAUUGAUGUACACGCACGCGAUGUCGUGGAGCAGUUAGGGAACCUUGGUGUGGAGAGCACCAACGACUUCAACUGGAUCGCUCAGCUGCGUUAUUACUUCGACGGGACCAACGUCAACGUUCACAUGAUCACCACUGAUAUCGCCUAUGGCUACGAGUACCUGGGCAACUCGGGCCGACUUGUUAUCACCCCGCUCACCGAUAGAUGCUACAGGACACUGAUGGGAGCACUGAAGCUGAAUCUUGGAGGAGCCCCUGAGGGACCGGCCGGCACUGGCAAGACCGAGACCAGCAAAGACUUGGCGAAGGCUGUGGCCAAACAGUGCGUGGUGUUCAACUGCUCGGACGGCCUAGACUACAAGGCCAUGGGCAAGUUCUUCAAGGGGCUGGCGCAGGCCGGCGCCUGGGCCUGCUUUGACGAGUUCAACCGCAUCGAGCUGGAGGUGCUGUCGGUGGUGGCCCAGCAGAUCCUCAGCAUCCAGCGCGCCAUACAGCAGCACCUCAAGAGGUUCCAGUUUGAAGGCACCGAGCUGACGUUGAAUCCCACCUGUACCAUGUUCAUCACCAUGAACCCCGGCUAUGCAGGGCGUUCCGACCUUCCUGACAAUCUCAAGGUGUUGUUCCGCACGGUGGCCAUGAUGGUACCAGACUAUGCCCUGAUUGCCGAGAUCAGCUUGUACUCCAUGGGUUUUGUGGACGCUCGUAGUCUGGCUGGUAAGAUUGUGGCCACCUACAAGCUGUGCUCUGAGUUGCUGUCUUCGCAGCAUCACUACGACUACGGCAUGCGUGCUGUCAAGUCUGUCCUGACAGCAGCUGGUAACCUGAAGCUCAAGUACCCCGAAGAAUUAGAGGCAGUGCUGGUACUCCGCGCCAUCAAAGAUGUUAACUUGCCAAAGUUCUUAGCCCAGGAUGUGCCUCUCUUCGAGGGUAUCAUCAGCGAUCUGUUCCCCGGUGUGGUUCUUCCGACACCAGACUAUGCCGUCCUCCUGGAGACACUCAAUGAGAACAUCAAGAAGUUGGGUCUGCAGCCAGUCCCAUGGUUCAUUGAGAAAAUCAUCCAGGUGUACGAAAUGAUGUUGGUGCGUCAUGGCUUCAUGAUAGUGGGCGAUCCCAUGGGAGGCAAGACAAGCUCCUACAAGGUGCUGGCCAACACCUUGGGAGACCUACACACCGCUGGUUUGAUGGGGGAGUUCAGAGUCAUUCAUGAGGUCAUCAAUCCCAAGGCUAUCACUAUGGGUCAGCUAUACGGUUCCUUUGAUCCAGUGUCCCAUGAAUGGACCGAUGGUGUGUUGGCCAAUACCUUCCGUGAGCAGGCAGCCUCCCAGACUGAAGACAGAAAGUGGAUCGUGUUUGAUGGCCCUGUGGAUGCUGUGUGGAUUGAGAAUAUGAACACAGUACUGGACGACAACAAAAAGCUGUGUCUGAUGAGCGGCGAGAUCAUCCAGAUGUCCAACAAGCAGAACCUGAUCUUUGAGCCGGCCGACCUGGAGCAGGCCUCGCCGGCCACUGUCAGCCGCUGCGGCAUGAUCUACAUGGAGCCUCACCAGCUGGGCUGGAAGCCCCUGCGUGACUCUUACAUGGACACGUUGCCCACAUCCCUCAGCCAGGAGCAUCGGGAGCUGGUCAACGAUCUCUUUGAGUGGCUGGUAGAUCCCUGCCUUGAUUUCAUUCGUCAUGAAUGUAAGCUGUUUAUCAACACCUCCAACAUCCAUUUGGCCCAGUCAUUGAUGAAGCUCUACACCUGCUUGAUGGAUGAGAUCAAGGACUCUGGGACGGAGGGACACGACACCAUGAGCAAUCAGCAGAUCACCCUCUGGCUGCAGGGCCUGUUCCUGUUCUGUGUGGUCUGGUCUCUGGCUGGGACCAUGAACGGUGACAGUCGCAAGAAGUUUGACCAGUUCUUCCGCUUGCUGAUCAGUGGCACCCACCCCGACCACCCCAAGCCAAAGAGCAUCAAGAUCACCAAGAGCAACUCCUUCCCAGAGCGGGGUUCCAUCUUUGAUUUCUACUUCCAAAAGCAGGCCAGCGGCUCCUGGUGUGAGUGGAUUGACUACUUGGAUAAAUCCAAGCUCAAGAUUCCUGCCGGGGCCAAAGUGAGCGACCUGAUUAUCCAGACCAAUGACACCGCCCGUCAGAUCUAUUUCUUAGAUACCUACAUGACCCACGCCAGACCCAUGCUCUUCAUUGGGCCCACUGGUACCGGCAAGUCUGCCAUUACCAAUGACUACCUGGUGGGAUUGCCCAAAGAACAUUACAUUCCCAACAACAUCAACUUCUCAGCCCGCACGUCAGCUAAUCAGACACAGGAUAUUAUCAUGUCCAAACUAGACAGACGGCGCAAAGGUGUGUACGGUCCCCCCAUGGGCAAGAAAUGUGUGAUCUUUGUGGACGACCUGAACAUGCCUGCCAAGGAGAAGUAUGGUGCCCAACCUCCUAUUGAGCUUCUUAGACAGUGGGUGGAUCACGGCCACUGGUUUGACAGAAAGGAUACCUCCAAACUAGAGAUGGCUGAUGUGUUAUUAGUGGCUGCUAUGGGACCACCAGGAGGAGGUCGGAAUGACAUCACUGGUCGCUUCACCAGACACAUGAACAUUGUCGCCAUUGACUCCUUUGAUGACGCCACCAUGACCAAGAUCUUCACGGCCAUCGCCGAUUGGCACUUUGCUCAGGGAUUCGAUUCGGCCUUCGUCAGGCUCGGAAAGAUCAUGGUGAUGGCCACCAUGGGUGUUUACAAGGCCACUGUCAGUAACUUUCUGCCCACUCCGUCCAAGUCUCACUAUGUCUUCAACCUGCGCGACUUUGCCCGCGUCAUCCGUGGCGUCCUGCUCAUCCCCAGCACCCACCUCAAGGAGGAUGACAAGGACAAGCUCAUCCGGCUCUGGAUCCAUGAGGUCUACCGAGUCUUCUACGAUCGCCUGGUAGAUGACAAAGACAGACUGACCUUCUUUGACAUUGUCAAGGAGAUGACUCAGUCUCACUUCAAGACGAGUGUCGAUAAAGUGCUGAGCCAUUUGACACCGAGUGGAAAACUCAUCGACGAUAACGUCAGGAGUCUGUUCUUUGGCGACUACACCAAUCCGGACAGCGACCAGAAGGUGUACGACGAGGUGACCGACUUGAAGGAAUUGACCUCCACCAUGCAGUUCUACCUGGGGGAGUACAAUCAGAUCAGCAAGGCCCCCAUGAGUCUGGUCAUGUUCAAGUUUGCCAUCGAGCACAUCUCCAGGGUCAGCCGGGUGCUGAAGCAGGACAACGGGCAUGCUCUCUUGAUCGGUAUUGGAGGCAGUGGUCGUCAGAGUGCUACCAAGCUGUCCACCUUCAUGGCAGACUAUGAACUCUUCCAGAUUGAGAUUACUAAGAACUACACCAACAAUGAAUGGAGAGAGGAUAUCAAAAAGCUCCUGUUGAAAUCUGGUGCCGAGGGCAAGCAAACGGUCUUCCUCUUCAGCGACAACCAGAUCAAGGAUGAGUCCUUUGUGGAAGACAUCAACAUGAUCCUGAACACCGGUGAUGUGCCCAACCUGUUCCCCGCCGACGAGAAGGCUGAGUUGAUCGAGAAAAUGCAGCAGGUGGCUCGGAUGGAGGGUAGGAAGAUUGAAGCCACUCCGCUGGCCAUGUACAACUACUUCAUUGAGAAAGUCCGGAAGAACCUGCACGUGGUGCUGGCCAUGAGCCCCAUCGGAGACACGUUCCGCAAUCGGCUCCGGAUGUUCCCCUCUCUCAUCAACUGCUGCACCAUCGACUGGUUCCAGCCCUGGCCAGAGGAUGCCCUGGAGAUGGUGGCCAACACCUUCCUGGAAGAUAUCGAAGACAUUGAUGACAACGUCCGCAAGGAGUGCGUCUUCAUGUGCAAACACUUCCAUGAGAGUGUACGCAAACUCUCCGAAUCAUUCCUGGAGCAGCUGCGCCGGCACAACUACGUGACCCCUACCUCCUACCUGGAGCUGAUCCUGACCUUCAAGAAGUUGCUGGGCCUGAAGCGGGCCGAGAUCAUGACACUGAAGAACCGCUACCUGGGCGGCCUGGAGAAGCUGGCCUUUGCCUCCUCCCAGGUGGCCGUCAUGCAGGAGGAGCUGACGGCACUGCAGCCAGAGCUCAUCAAGACCUCGGAGGAGACAGAGAAACUGAUGGAGAAGAUUGAGCAGGACACGGUGGAGGUGGAGGCACAGAAGGAGGUUGUAGCAGCUGAUGAAGCCGUAGCCAACAAGGCAGCCGAUGAGGCUCAGGCUAUCAAGAGCGACUGCGAGAGUGACCUAGCAGAAGCCAUCCCAGCAUUGGAGGCAGCCUUAGCCGCUCUCAACACCCUCAAACCCAGCGACAUCUCCAUGGUCAAGGCCAUGAAGAACCCACCCAGCGGUGUCAAGCUGGUCAUGGAGGCCAUCUGCAUCAUGCGGAACAUCAAGGCCGAACGCAAGCCGGACCCCUCCGGCUCGGGCAAGAUGGUGGAGGAUUACUGGGGUCCCUCCCAGAAGCUGCUGGGCGACAUGAAGUUCCUGGACCACCUCAAGACCUACGACAAGGAUAACAUUGCCCCCGCCGUCAUCAAGAAGAUCCGAGACAAGUAUAUUCCAAACCCUGACUUUGAGCCGUCUGUCAUCCGUAACAUCUCCACGGCCUGCGAGGGUCUGUGUAAGUGGGUGCGAGCCAUGGAUGUGUACGACAGAGUUGCAAAGGUGGUAGCCCCCAAGAAAGCCAAGUUGGCCGAGGCUGAGGCAGAGCUGGCCGUGCAGAUGGACAUGCUGAACACCAAGCGGGCCCAGCUCAAGGCUGUGACGGACAAGCUGCAGGCCCUGAACGAGCAGCUGGACGCCAUGGUGCAGAAGAAGAAGGAGCUGGAGGCCAACAUCGAGCUGUGCUCCCAGAAGCUGGUGCGAGCCGAGAAGCUGAUCGGCGGGCUGGGCGGGGAGCGAGACCGCUGGAACGAGGCGGCCAGCAUGCUGGGGGAGAAGUACAUCAAGAUCAUCGGCGAUGUGUUGAUCUCCUCUGGGGUGGUGGCUUACCUGGGCGCCUUCACGGUGGAUUUCAGACUGAAAGCAACUGAAGAGUGGCAGAAGCUGUGCCAGGAGCGACUGAUUCCAUGCUCUGACACCUUCUCCCUGAGUGCAACCCUCGGCGAACCAGUCAAGAUCAGAGCCUGGAACAUCGCUGGCUUACCGGUGGACUCUUUCUCAGUGGAUAACGGUAUCAUAACAUCCAACUCCCGCCGUUGGCCUCUCAUGAUAGAUCCGCAAGGUCAGGCCAACAAAUGGGUCAAGAACAUGGAAAAAGCCAACCAGCUGUCCAUCAUCAAGUUGUCUGACAGCAACUACGUGCGCACCCUUGAAAACGCCAUCCAGUUUGGCAAGCCGGUGCUGCUGGAGAACGUUGGGGAAGAGUUGGAUCCUCUGCUGGAGCCGGUAUUGCUGAAGCAGACAUUCAAGCAACAAGGAGUGGAGUAUCUACGUCUGGGAGAGAACCUGAUUGAGUAUUCCCAUGACUUCCGAUUCUACAUCACAACCACACUCAGGAACCCUCACUACCUGCCUGAGAUUUCUGUCAAGGUCGUCCUGCUGAACUUCAUGAUCACCCCCUUGGGUCUACAAGACCAGCUGCUGGGCAUCGUGGCUGCCAAGGAGAAGCCUGAGUUGGAGGAGAAGAAAAACCAGCUGAUCCUGGAGAGCGCCGCCAACAAGAAGCAGCUCAAGGAGAUCGAGGACAAGAUCCUGGAGGUGCUGUCGUCCUCGGAAGGCAACAUCCUGGAAGACGAGACGGCCAUCAAGGUGCUGUCCUCCUCCAAGAUGCUGUCGGAGGAGAUCUCUGCAAAGCAGGAAAUUGCCUCAGCAACCGAGAAGGAGAUUGACGAGACCAGGAACGGUUACAAGCCCGUAGCCAUUCACUCGGCCACACUCUUCUUCUGUAUCUCUGACUUGGCCAACAUUGAGCCCAUGUACCAGUACUCUCUGACGUGGUUCAUCAACUUGUACCUGCAGUCUAUUCAAAACAGCAAGAAGUCUUCUGUACUGGAGGAGAGGAUAGAAAACUUGAAUGACCACUUCACUGACAGCAUCUAUAGGAAUGUCUGUCGCUCACUCUUUGAGAAGGAUAAACUUCUCUUCUCCUUCAUCUUGUGCAUUGGCAUCAUGAAGAGCAGAGGCACUAUUGACGAUGAAGAGUGGAGGUUCCUGCUGACAGGUGGAGUUGCUCUGGAUAAUCCCUUCCCCAAUCCCUGCUCGGAGUGGCUGAGCGACAAGGCCUGGGCCGAGAUCGUGCGCUCCUCCAACUUGGCCACCUUGAACGGAUUCAAAGAGCAUUUUGAAGAGAACCAUGCAACAUGGAAGCAAGUCUAUGAUUCGGCCACCCCUCAUGAGCUGAAAUACCCUGUGCCCUUUGACACGACUGGCGGCCUAGCCCGCAUGAUCAUCUUGCGCUGCUUACGGCCGGACAAGCUAGUGCCCGCCGUCCAGGACUACAUCGUGGACAACAUGGGGCGCAGCUACAUCGAACCGCCUACCUUUGACCUGGCGGGUAGCUUCGCUGACUCCCACUGCUGUGCCCCCUUGAUAUUUGUUCUGUCGCCCGGCGCUGACCCCAUGGCUGGCCUGCUCAAGUUUGCCGAGGACCGGGGCUUUGGAGGCAGCCGCAUUCAGACUAUCUCCCUGGGCCAAGGCCAGGGCCCCAUUGCCACCAAGAUGAUCGAGGAUGCCCUGCGGCAGGGCACCUGGGUGGUGCUUCAGAAUUGUCACCUGGCCUCCAGCUGGAUGCCCAAGUUGGAGAAGAUCUGUGAGGAGGUGAUCGUGCCCGAGGCUACCCACAAGGAAUUCCGGCUGUGGCUGACCAGCUAUGCAUCGGACGACUUCCCUGUCUCCAUCCUACAGAAUGGUGUCAAAAUGACAAAUGAGCCACCCAAGGGAUUACGUGCCAACCUGCUUCGCUCCUACCUCAACGACCCGAUAUCAGACCCCGAGUUCUUUGACAGCUGCAACAAGCCCCAAAUUUGGCGGAGGCUGCUCUUCGGCCUGUGCUUCUUCCACGCUCUCAUGCAAGAGCGGCGAAAGUUUGGCCCACUGGGCUGGAACAUCCCUUACGAGUUCAACGAGUCCGAUCUCAGGAUCAGCAUGAAGCAACUAUUGAUGUUCUUGAAUGACUAUGACGAUGUCCCCUUUGAUGCUCUGACCUACCUGACUGGUGAAUGUAACUACGGAGGCCGUGUCACCGACGACAAGGACAGACGUCUGCUGACGUCACUCCUGUCAAAGUUCUACAAUGACAGGAUCUUGGAGGAGGACAAAUUCCCAUUUUCGGACAGCGGUGACUACUUCUGUCCAGCGGAUGGUCCAUACCAAGUCUACAUUGACUACAUCCGCAGCCUUCCCAUCAUCCCACAUCCGGAGGUGUUUGGCCUCCACGAGAAUGCUGACAUCACCAAGGACAACCAGGAAACACAGCAGCUUUUUGAUGGUAUUCUGCUGACCUUACCACGACAAUCAGGAGGCAGUGGUAAAUCACCUCAGGAAAUCAUCGAGGACUUGGCUGUGGACAUUCUGUCCAAACUCCCCUCAGAUUACAACCUGGAAUAUGUAAUGGAGAAGUACCCCGUUGUGUACACGGAGUCCAUGAACACUGUCUUGCGUCAGGAGCUGAUUCGUUUCAACCGCCUGACGUCCGUCGUCCGUAGCUCCCUCCAGAACAUUCAGAAGGCCAUCAAGGGACUGGUGGUGAUGUCGUCAGAAUUGGAAGACGUGUUUGACAGCAUGCUGGUGGGCAAAGUACCAGCCAUGUGGGCUGCCAAAUCCUACCCGUCGCUCAAGCCACUAGGAGGUUACAUCAUCGAUCUGUUGGCCAGGUUGAAGUUCCUCCAGGAUUGGAUUGAUCAUGGAGUUCCUAAAUGCUUCUGGCUAUCCGGCUUCUACUUCACCCAGUCCUUCCUCACUGGCGUGAGUCAGAACUACGCUCGCAAGUACACCAUACCCAUUGACCACCUUGGCUUUGAAUUUGAGGUGACUGGACACGAGGAGACGGUGGAAGAGAAAGCCGAGGACGGAGCGUACGUCUAUGGUCUGUUCCUGGAGGGUGCUCGUUGGGAUCGCUCCCUCAUGCGACUCAACGAGUCCAACCCCAAGAUCCUGUACGACACCAUCCCAGUCACCUGGCUCAAGCCCGGGGUCAGGGCCAACUUCAAGGCCGUGCCCACCUACACCUGCCCGGUCUACAAGACCAGCGCCCGCCGUGGCACGCUCUCCACCACAGGCCACUCCACCAACUUCGUCAUGAUGCUGGAGCUGCCCUCCGACAAGCCCCAAGCCCACUGGAUCAACCGCGGGGUAGCUUCGCUCUGCCAACUGGAUGACUAGGAUUCCCUGUUAGCCUUCUAAGAUCACCUGUAAAGCCGUCCACUGGAAGGAUUACUGGAAGUCCAGUUUGAUACUUUAUGAUGAUUUGUUUCAAUUUUUCUGUAGUUAUGCGUCACCCUUAAUUUUGCCUUCCAGCAUUAUAUAUUUGGGGUUUUUUUUCUUCAUUUCAAAGUGUGUGACUUCAUAAGCAUAUCAAAUAUGUAAAUAGCCAUGGGUAUGACUUCUAGCAUUUAAAUUCUACAGAAAACGUGUGUGUAUAUAUAUUGCAUAAUUAAUGAGAAACUUGAACAAAAUCGCCUUUUUAACACUUUCAAGAACGGCUGAAAUUCUUAAAUCUUUGGUGUUAGUACUGGACUUUUUUUUUCUUGGCAGAUAUGUCCUGAGGUGGUGGUGUUUUCAUAAAAUGAAUUCGUGUUUUGGCACACCACAGCUUACUAGCUUACUAGCUUGAAGUCAGCUUGCUUUUGGAAAAACAGGUUUUGCAGAAGCGUGUACAAUUUCGAAUAGAAAGCUUGCUUAGUUUGAGUACAUUCUGCAGUGUGUGAAGCAUUAUUCUGUAUAUAGUUAUGUACAUAAAUCAGAUUGAAAUUCCAAAUAUCCGUCCACCAUUUUAAUAAUUUAUAUUCAUAUAUUCCGAAUGCAAGUACCAAAUAAUUGAAGCAAGUUGCAUGGAUUCCUGCUUGUAGAUUGUAUUUUUCUUAUCUAAAAAAUCUUCCAGUUUCAUUUUUGUCUGACAAUAUGGUAUGUUCUGCUAAUGAAUCAUUUAUUCAUAAAUGUAUUGAUUGACACAGGUGCAUGCUGUCCCACCGCAGUAAUUAUCAGUCAAAGAUAACGCUGAACAGUCAUCAAAGGCGGCACACUCCAAAAUGAAAGUUUGCCUAUCGCCUGCAUGAUGACUGGACUUGAGUCAUUAUCCACAAUGGAUGAUUAAACGCUAACCUGUUUGCCUACUUCUUAUCAAAAUUGGUCUUUUGUAAGUAAGCAUGCUCGUAUUUUGCUGAUAUGCACUUUCAUACGGUGUUGGGGACCUCGUGGUACAUCACUCAGGAUAUUGCAACUAAACGAACAAAACGGUUUCAUUAACUGUGCAAACUGCAGUAUUGGGUUAGUGACUUUGAAGUAAAACUUGCCUCCCAAAUGAAAAGCCGACCAUCCAAUUUGGAAUAAAAUAUAGUGCCAACUGACGAUCAAACUUUCACAGGAAAAAGAAGACUGUGCUGAUGUCUCACAAUCACAUCUGUAAAAAUGCACCACACUCGUUACUGGAUUCACAGUGAAACACAGACGUCUUACUUCCAGUGAAAUUUUCUGGAUUUGUGAAAUAUGCAAAUGAAUACUUCGUGGUCACAUUUGUUACUUCCGAGUAACAGUUAUGUAUUUGCAGUACAGUGUGUAUAUAGGUAUAUUGUUUUGACAAUAAAAUUUACACUUUCCUCAAAUUAUGCAUGGUAUUUCUUAUUAAGUCAUCUUGAAGGUUGCAUUGGCUUCUGGUGGAACAAAUUAAGUAUACAGACUAUGAAAACUGGUACUAGGUUCAAUUAAGGAAAAAAGGUACACCUUGUGUCAUUCCAGGUUAAGCCUGCUCUCUGUGAAAUAAAAACUCCACUCAGCUUUCUACUUCUCAUUCACUCCAAAACAAUAAUACUCCAGCAGUAUUGGAAUUGUAACUACUCCAGUAGGUAUUUCUUCAUGUACAUUAGUCUGAGAGCUUGGUUCUUCCCUCAAACAACGAUUAUAAGAAAAGUCCCAUUGACUACAUGCCCUUCAUCUAAACCCCAAAAGAGCUGGGCUUUAUUGGACCAUCGCCCUCCUCCAAAGAAGUUGUCUUUCUCGGCAAGCAUGUAAAAGACGCUCGUAAAUACACCUGUAAAGUUUGGAUUAAAUCUGAUGUACGGUUUAGUUGUUGGGGCCAACUGAACUGAAGUUCCUGGCCUCAUAUGUGUUGGUCUACGCAUAUUGCAAUGAGAACAGUAAACACUGAGACUGACCUGCAUCAGCACUUGACGAGAACGGCAUGUCAGAAAUUCACAAAAUUGGUAUCAAUGUGUCUGAAAAAAAGUAAAGGAUGGGUGCACGAAAAAUGCUAUGCAAUGACACUAGAGAAAAUGUAGAGGGGAAUUCUGCCCCCUUCCCAGCUCUUUUAAGGUUAAGGAACAUUACCCAUGAAAUAUGCAAAUCAGACAGGCACGUGCACGCUCUACCACUGAUUGGUAAAUGCAGACUGUUAUGAGAACUGCUGUAACCGUAACCUGGUGCACUGAAGAUCGAUCUACACUGUAUUGCAGCCCUUUUCCGAUACUUUAGCACACCUCAAAACUUAAUGAAGUUGCUAGUGGUCAGAGGUUGGACAGUAACAAUUCCUUGUCAUUAAGUCUGGUACUCAUAUCAAACUAUUCCAGAACAGAAAUGGCUUGCAUGUGCUAAUACUUGCCCAUGCAUGGAUAUUUGUAUUACAUCAUUGAUUUUACCAACCAGUGGUGGUAACGCGCAUGCACCUGCCUUAUUUUCAUAUUUCGUGGGAAAGGUCCACUGACCACCUCUGUGUUGACAAAAGUAUUCGAAUUGUCUACUACUCUUCACCUGCUGUGAAUAUCCUUGUUAUCCUCCACUGCUGUCUCUCCACUCCCACUAAUUACUAACCACCUGUUGCCACACCCAUUCUUGUGGGAACUUUUCAUGGGGAUGCAUGUUGCCUUCGAAUUACAGUUGUACCACAUCAAAAGAAGGGUGAUUACUAACAAACAGUGCUUUAAAAAAAAAAUCAGGUUUCACUAUGAAGAGAGGUGUAAACAUAAACUGGAUUAUAAAGAUAACUUUCUUACAAAAACAAAGAGAAUAUCUUGAAGGAGCUUCACUAGUUUCUACGGGCAGAUCUCCGGAUAUUAAGUGCCCAGAACAUUCUAAUAGAAGAUAAUUCAUGAACUUACUUUACGUAUAUGGAACUUUAUACUACAAAUAUGUUUCAAAGAAAAAGGGGAACAAAUAUUCAAAUGACAUGGGAUAAGUAAGACUAAGAGUAGAAUUAACAUCCGAGUAUAAUACACACUGGGUACAAAUCUUAAAGUCUUUUUGCAGUCCUAUAGACUUGGAACCACACUACUGUCAGAAGUAGUAAGCAUUAGGCAAGUGUUAAGUGUUAGACAACUGCCAUGUCUAGUUACACGUGUAUCUCCUCUUGGAGGGGGGGAGGGGACGACAAUUGCAGAAUUUCUGUGUGACAUUUAUGGCCUUUUUAAUAUGGGGUUUUGACAAACCCUUGGAAGAAAAGACCAUGAAAUCAUCCUCACAAAACACUUUCCAAUCAUGCUUUUUCAAAAACACAAAUAAAUUUGCUCGAGGGGGGGGGAAUAUCACAGUCCCUCUCCCCUACCCCAUCCACCCUUAUCCUGCAAAGGCCAUCCAACUGAUUUUUAAACCUGUAGCCCCACAAAUGCCUGCGGCUGAAAAAUCCUCCCACGGUACUAGUCACUUCUCACAAAUCACGAUUCCUUAGAAGCAUUUAAAAUCACCUCCUUUUUUGGGCAUGCACACAACCACCCUAUCUUUACACUGGCAAUUGACUGCAGAAGUAGAGUGUUUUCACCUUAUACACUGAUAUAAAGAAGGAGCAACUGGAAUGAUCUUUUCAUCAAGCAUGAAAUAUGGAUAAAAUGUUUACUUUCAUUUACAGUGCAAAAAAUCACAUAUCACACACUUGAGAUUUUGAGGUUAUCAUUUUACAUCUCGUCACAAACAUCGCUUUGACACACAUCAACCAAACACUCACGACCCUGAAAUACACCAUGGGCACAGGCUAUGUGCGUCGUGUCAGCCACAGAACAAUAACGCAUUUAUCAAAUCAUAUUGUCUACUUGGAAGGUGAAAACAACUUGAUCUUGACCUCAAACAACCCCUAUUUUGCCACCUCUUGCUAGCAUGGUGGACCCUUCAGUGAAAAAAAUUUCCACACUCACCCAUUCUGUAGUUGUAGGGACAGACACACAUAACGCCAAUUUUGUGGCAACAAAAAAAUAUUGUGGGGACAUAAUUUGCCUAGCAAUUAGAAAAAAAAGUCCCCAUAUAAUGCAGUGAGGGUCUACCCAAAGAAAAACAAAUAAAAAAUAUAAUAAUAAUAAACAGCUUCUACAAAAUUUGUUUGCUGAUCUGUGGACAAAGUUAGCAUUACGGCCCACGACAAAUCACUAACGGGUUCUCAAAAAUUAUAUGAACGUUCUUAUGCUCAUCCACUGAAAGGUCAUUUCCACAGUAAGUCUCGUGCAUUACUUGGGCAUUUAUAGGUAUAUAGAUAUACUACAUUGAUAGAUAUAUUCCUUCACUGUUUAGAAGACUUCACUGACACAAGAGAUAUGAAACUUUGAUUUUUAAGAAAACGGCAGAUUUUACUACUGGAAACGUAACUAAUUUCCUUCUUCCUUGCAUCAGUAAGUCAGGGUGUGCGUCGAGAUUCCCUUUCAUUGAUGACCAAUCAGGGCCCCCUCGUUUCUUGUUCUGUGGCAGCCGCUGGUAUGGUGUACUCCAAAUGUAGAUUAGUAUAUUACAAUCAAAAAGAAUAACAACUAUUGUAGCUCGUAUAAAAAUAUAGAAUCUCUGUCAUUUACAAGUGGUGCAUUGCACAAACUGUGUACAUCACUUCCCUGUCCACCCCAAGAGGAUCUCUGCUCCUUCCUGCUACAAACCUUCUAUGGAACCCUCACAUUUUAAGCUCUCACCACAAACAACAAACAAAACAAAACUAAAAGAACCUACAGUGUGCCCUAGAGUCUUGGUUGAAAGUGAACAUACGCUGGGACUGUAAGUGUUUAAUUACAAGGUUUAAGACGUGAUCUAUUCCAAGCAAUCAUCCCUCUUCUAUGAGCCCCGAGCUGGACCAAGAGAGGGCGCAAUUUUCCGAGCAACAGAGGCUCCUUUGGUCAGAACUGCACUUUGCUGGUUUACAAAUAACUAUGAAAUGUACGCAUUACUACCAGCAAAAUGAACACUCCCAACCAACAUGGCUCUUUGCAACCGGUGACGGGGGGCUUUUGCUAAAGGUGAAUAGCAGAUCAAUCAGAGAAGCGACUGUGAAAUGGUAAAACUGUGUUUACAGGUUCAUGUAAAUAAAGUGAAUGUACUGGCUACCAGCUACAGAAAAAGAAUGGUUACCAAGAAUCAGCAGUCUUCAAAACUUUCAUUAAACACUUGCAGGGAAUGUAAACUUUCAACAACUGUUCUAUCCCAAGCAGUCACACUCCGAGUAAUAAACCCAAGACCAAAAACUGACUUUAAAACACAUGCAGCAAACAUAGUUUAAAUAAGACGUGAAAAAUU